UUUUUUUUCGUUGUCUACUUGUCGAAGAAUCCUGUGAUUUAAUCUCGCGGCGCAGCGCACAAACCGCGAGAGCGGCAAGAAAAUCAGCGUGACUAGGAUGUUCGCCACGAAGCUGCACUACAAACGAUAACUUUCAUUCGACAUUUUCGUCUGUUUUAAUCGGAACGAACAACCUCCAAUAGUCGUCCACGUGUCGAGGUAAAUGAGAAGUCCCAGCAGACUUGUGAUGGAGCCCUGGCAGUUGAAUGGAUGAAACUGCACAGACGUUAAAAGGGAUAAAAAACUGUUUAUGUGAUAUCCCUCUGGUUUAAGGAAAGAUAUCCACCAUCCCUUUUCUUCAAACUUCCAAACAUGCAUCCAUAACAUUCCACUACACAAAUGUGUUCCCUUUCAAAAAGGCUGCAUAUAAAUCCUACGGUGGCCUAGCAUUAGAUUUUAUUAUGACAGAAUACAAGGACACAACCAAUCGCCAUCUGAAGCACAAGCUUCAGAGUCUGGGACGGCGCCUAGAUGAGCUUGAGGAAGCAACAUGUAAGCUCCAAAAAGCUGAGGAUGAACUUUUGGAUCUCCAAGACAAGAUAAUUCAGUCAGAAGGUAGCAAUUCCAUUUUGCUCAGCGAUGUUGAGGCACUUCGAAAAAGAGUCCUAAAAAUUGAAGGAAAGGAUGAGGAGGUGAGAAAAGCUGAAGAUCUCUGUCGUUUAAUAAAGGAGAAGUUGGAGGAAGAGGAGAACCUUACCAAGGAGCUUAAAGCAGAAAUUGAGUACCUUCAGUGUAGAAUGACUGAAAUGGAGAAGUUGGAAGAGGCAUUUGGGAAGAGUAAGUCAGAAUGCACUCAGCUAUGUCAUAGCCUUAAUGAGGAAAAAAAUCUCUCUAAAAAGCUCUUCUCUGAAUUAGAGGUUUUGAGAUCCCGAGUAAAGGAAGUGGAUUUUUCUGAGGCCCGUCUGAACCGAGUAGAGCAGGCCCUAAACACAGAGAUGGAGAAACUGAAAUGUCUCACAAAGACAUUUGCCAUAGAGCGCAAAAAGCUCCUGGAAAAACAAAAAGAGGAUGAGAAAAUCAUUCUUAAACUGACUGAGAAACUUGAACUCCAAAAAUGCAAGCUGGGGUUGUCAGACAGUAGCUGCAAUGAGCUUUGGAUUGAGGAUGAUCUCUCAGCAGGCCUGAGUAACAAAUUUGCUCAAAAGAAGAGCCUAGACUAUGUAAAGUGCUCACAUGAAAGCUUUGGAAACAUUUCAGAGAAUGAGAAACACUGCCUAGAGGGGCAAGAGGACAACAAGGUCAAAGACCUUACACAGGAACUUGAGAAACUAAAAAUACGUCUGAAGCAGCUUGAAAUGGUAGAGGAGGACCUGAAAAAUAUGGAUUGCAAGAAUGCUGAACUAGAAGAAAUGUUUCAACAGGAGAGGAGUCGCAGCCAUGCACUAAGGGAUGAACUUGAGCAGCUAAAGAUUCAGCUUUUUACUGGCAGUGUUUCCAGAACAACAAAUGUUUUUGAGAAUGGUAAACCCGAAACUGAGAUCAACAUUAGGAGAGGUUUAAUACAGGAGAAAUUGUGCUAUAAGGGUGUGGCUUCUGGUGAGCCUGUUAUCUCAAGAUAUAAAAACAGAGACGUCUCACCUCAGCAGUGCAAACUCAAGAACAAAGAAAUUAUCCACUCAUCAGAAAACUCGCCCAGGACUCUGAGAAGGGCCCAAAGUCCUGCCCACAGGUCUAAGAAAACUGGGUUAAAAUUGAGCUCUUCAACUACUUCUGACAGUGGAUUGAAAACACAACACAGUGUGGUGGAGGAACCCAGCAGUGCUCCAUCAAGCAUGAGCAAAAAGGUUUCCGUUCUUAGCCGUUACCCUCCUGCAGCUUGUGACCAAAAGCUAGGAAAAGCAUCAGCGAAGCUUGACAACAUUAAAAGCAAAAAAAGCAGAAUUGAGAAGGUUUCCAGAUUGUACACUGGAAGUGACAGUGAAUCAAACAAUUCAGAUGCAGCUGUGAACAGCUCAAAUAAGGUUGUCAGUCUGUCUUCAACGAAACAACAUAGGUCAUCUGAACCUGAGUCUUUAGAUCCUUCUCAAGAGACAGUAUUGAGUCUGUUUCAGGAAAACGGGUGUUGUACUGCAUACACAUCCAAUUUAACAGCACAAGAAGGUUACAGUGAACAUGGCUCUGAAGGUCACUCUUCAGCCUCAGAUACAGAAUCCACUGUUUUAAAACAUUCACUGGGUGAGCUAGACACAGGGGCAAAACCAACAGAUACUAAGUUAGCUAUGUUCUCACAGUGUCAAAAUAAUUAUUUAGGUGGAACUACAAUAAAAAGGUCUUACAUUGAGGAGCAGCACAGGCCACUUUCGUUGGAGAGUGGAUCUCAGGAGUCUGUACAGACAUCUAUUGGAAAUGAGAUUAAGCGGGCCUGCAGUCAACGAGAGGGCCUUUGCUCUAAGGCAGUCAUCAAGCCAGUCAUCACAGAAUAUGACAGGAAGGAAAUCAUGUCAGGUGGGAUUAUAGAAAUGUUGCCAACCACCGAAAAACCCAUGAUGUUGACCAAGCCUAACAAGAUGACCAGCAGCAUCACUUUCUACCCCAAUGACCCUAGCACUUUUCAAACUAGCAGUCAAAGCAGCAAUGUAUCAAGUGACACUCCAUCUAAGGAACGACAUACUUCCACUAGCAACAUUGUUAUAGGACCCAGCACUGACCUCAGAGGUGGCAUAUGUAUUCCCUAUGAAAUCUCUAUUCCUAAGAGUGAGAUUACUCUUCGGCAAAAUGAGGGCGACAGUGACUACUCUAAUUCUUCCAAUGUCUUGGACACAGCUUGCAUAGAGACAAGCGUUUUGUCUCAGAACAGCUUCAGCGUUCAACCUGCAGAAAUUAAUUCCGACUUUAUCAACACUGAAUUUGGACCUGAUAGCAGUGGCAGUAUUGCUACCACUGCUGUCACCAGUUGGAAGAGCAAUAGCAGCAACCGUCACUCAUCUGUGAACAUAAAUGCACCAGAUACAAGAAAUGUGACUGUUAGAAAUGCUUGGAAGAAUCAAGGGGCAGUAUCUUUAGACCAUUCUGGUCAGAGGCCAAGACAAGGUGGUUUAGAUGAUGAGUCUACUACAACAUGGAGAGCAUACAGAGCUACCACAGUCCUGGACACAGAUGAAACACUCCACAAAGAAAACACCACACGAAGUGGAAAGCCAAGCCCAGCAGAGACGUACAUGCUAAGAAUCAGCAGUGGUAAAGAUUGUCUAGAACCUGUGCCCAAAAACAAACAUGUUGUGUCAAUAUUAGACAGUGCUCUUCGAAGGUGCAUUCCUCAUGAGCCUGUGUGUGGAAAAAAACUGCAAGCAAGGAGCCGUAAAGAACCUACAGCUGUUGAUACACGUGACUCUAGCUCUUGGAGAAAGCAGGUCACAAGAGGCAGAGGGUCUUGGACAGAGGGAAGUCGUCCUUGGAGUAGCCGUCAUGUUGACAACUGACUGCAUAAUAAAGAGGUCCAUGUGAGCUCAGUGCUGCAUCUCAAUACUAAAAAAGCUUUCGCACUGUGACAUUAUCCACUGAACUGCACUUCAAUUUAGCUAAUUCCUCCCAUACCUGCAAUUUCCUGUCUACUCCCAUAGUAACAGAUAGAUGUGUCUGGGACAAGAAGAGUUCCUUAAAAGAGGAAAGGUCAAGACAAUUAGAGCGAGUGAUAAGUGUGAACGCUUAUCGCUCUAUUACUUUGGAGGCCAUGCUAAAGUUGUAGUUUUGUGUUAAAAAUAGUAGCUCAGAUUUUAAGCUUGAUUUUUCUUAUGCUUUAAUCCAGGAUUUUUAAAUCAUUCUUUAAUCAAAGAUUUUUACUUUGUCUUAAGUGCAAAGUCACACAUUUCUUUUCUUUUUGUGUAACUUCAUGUUUAUGCUUAGAUGCUCUUCUGGUCACCCUCAUACUGGGACUUUAAAUUUGGCCAGCAGAAAAUAGCCACCAGUACUGUAAAUGCAUGCAUUGAUCUAGAUGGGUUUUAUGGCAGACAGGCUGCUUCUAAAACUUAUUGGGAACAUUAAGCUAAUUGUUUGUUCAUCUAAAUAUGGCUAAUUAUUUGUAAUAAAAAUUCCCCCUGGGUGGUUUGUAUGCCUAAAGUGGAAUCUGCACUCCUGCAAGCUUUGCACAGACAAAGGAACAAAAGACAUUGUGUUUUUCCCCUAUCAAACUUAUAAGUAACUGAGAGAAGUCACAAAGCAAAUUGACAGUUUACACCUGACUAAACUUUAGUUUACCAUGACAGGUGUGUUAACUAUGAUGACAAGCUUCGGCAGUACAGCAUAAGCAUUUGACCAAAUGUAUACACUACAGUUAUGCCUCUCAGUCUUACAAGUUAUAUGUAAAAAUUCCAUUUGAGAGAAACACAUGCAAAAUCGUUCUUGUAAAUUGUACAGCUGUGACUAUUGUACCUGAUUUCUUUCAUGUAUGCUGUCAGUUUCUGUCAGACUUAUUAUAACUUGGUGCUUACUGCACAUAAUUUCCCUCUUCAAAAACAUACAUCUCCAGUCUGUAAAGCUUUAAAAUGGUUAAAACACCUCUUAUACAGCACAUGUUUUCCAUGAUUACACAAUGCCUGUAGGAUUCACCUCGCAAUGUACAAAUGUUAAAGGACCUGCUGGUAAUUUAUUUUUAAUACAGAAAAACAUGUCAUGGCUGUCUAAUUGUCUUAGCUCUUUGGUCUCAUUUACUG